AUGGUAGGUGCUUUUAGUGUUCCCAUGCCGAUAAAACGGAUGUUUGAUACGUUCCCGUUGAAGGUGUAUGCUGCGCAAGCUGAUAUUGACGAGGCCGUUACAUUGGAAGUACAGCGCAGGUCGUAUGCAUUCGUAGAACGCCGCAAUGGGAGUUCUGAGCUAACUGUAGAGGGGACGUACAAGUUAGGUGUCUAUAAUGUCUUUUUUGAGGAGGCUACAGGCGCGGUGUUGGCCACAGAUCCAUGGUGUCUAUUUGUUCAGCUUGCGUUGUGCCAAAAGAAUGGUCUAUAUUUGCCCACGCAAUUACGGGAGCAAAACUUACCACAUUCCUGUAAGCAUGAAUUGGUAGUUCUGUCCCGCCUGUCUAAUCCUGAUGAGACAUUGCCCAUCCUAGUUGAAGGCUACAAGAAAAGAAUCGUGAGGUCUACGGAAGCCAUCAGCGAAACUAUGAGGACGCGUAUACUUGAUGACGCCGAGCAAUUGAUGUACCAUACACUGUUAGAUACAGUAGUGUAUGACUGUUGGAUUUCGCAGAUCCUUUUCUGUGCGUCUGAUGAACAAUUUAUGGAAUUGUACUCUUCCCAGAGGUUAAAUAGUUCGAGUUCCACUCCAUUGGACGUGGAGAACUCUCUAUUAAGGAAACUAUCUGCUAAAAGUUUGAAAAUGUCUCUGUCGGAGAGGAACAAGUUCCAGUUGCGCCAUCGAGAAAUUGUAAAGGGUCUGCGUGGAGUUUAUCACCAUCAUUGUAACAAUAUUGAUCAAGAGCAGGCUUUGAACGUUUUGUUCGAGAAUAGCAAGCAGAUUCUUUUAGAUUUCCAAGGUACUUUGAAAAGCGGUGAGCAACCGACUUCCUUACACCUAAAAAUCGCAAGUUACAUUCUUUGUAUAAUAAAUGUUAAAGAACCGAUAAAGAUAAAGAUGUUUGUCGAAAACGAGUGUAAAGAACUGGUGUCCUUUGCCCAGGAAAUCUUAAAGACCUUCGUUCAGUAA